UACCUAGCACGUCUUUCCUGCCUUUCCCCAAUUUACUCUGUCUGGCCCUGUUCCUCCCCCUCUCUUUCUCCAAAAUAACUACGGCAUGCUAUGGCGCUUUUCGCAAAUCACAACUCUGUCUACGUGGCGCUGCACAUCCCUUUAAUUCACUAUCUUUUCUCAUUCUUCGAUUUCACCUCUCCUGUUGCAGGCAUCGGGGCUUCUGCAGGAUCUGCGUCCGGACUCAUACCCUCUUACGAUGUUUUGUAUUAUACCGGGGUACGUGCAUACUUUAGCGAGGAGUGGGAGAAAGCUGCGGAGCUGCUCGAAAAGUCGAUGACGACCCGGGAGGCUCUGUUUCGGACACGACGGCAGUGCCACGAAGAAUGUCUGCCAGCGGGACAUGACAGGCUCCCAAAACUGGACACCGAGAAAGGGAAUGUGUGGGACCUAUGGGCAGUGGACUGGGUCCAGCGGCGGGCUGAGUGUGUGCGGUUCUGUUUGGGACGGGCUGUCACUCCUGCAGGACAGCUUCCUGUGUCUGCCGACAUCGAGUACGAGUUUAGCACCCGGAACCCCUAUAACUUCCUCCAGGUCGUCUACUGGAAUCUAGGGAAAGUACAGAAGGCGGCGUCAGCAGCCCACACGUUCUUCGUGGCCAACCCCAGCCACCUGGAGAUGAGGAACAACAUUGAGAAGUAUAGACGGAUGGAGGGAGUAACAGAGGACGCAUUCCAGGAUAGAGAGAUGGAGACAGAGAAACACUGGGUCCUGUAUGACUCCGCCCUCACCUCUGAGGCCUCCUCUGAUUGGACGCAUGCCGUGGAGAAAUGGAGGGAGUGUGUGAACGAGACACUGAGACAGACUGAUGAGUGCAGGGCGCAGUGUGAGGUCGCCUCACAGCGGCUCCCCGAGAACAGAGGAGAGGAUGGAAUGGGCGGGGUGUUUGAGAAGGCUGCAGCACUCUCCCUCUCCCUCCUGUCUUGCCAGCAGGCCUGUGUGACCCAGGUGGCGACGCGACCCGGAAGGAUUUCAGCCCAGGAGGACCUCCUACCCACACAGCUGGAGCAUCUACACAGUGCACAGUUCAAAGCGGGCGAUCUAGGAGGAGCGGUGCGUUCUCUGCGGUCUCUCCUCCUGUUCUACCCCUCAGACAAAGACUCCCUCAGUAACCUGAAGCUCUACACAGAGACACUGGGAGGCGACACUGAGGCACACGGCACAAAGCCCUCCCAGGAGAUAGCCAGAUAUGUGAGCCGCUCACUGCAGGAGAAAAAGCUACUCUACUUCGGAAUGGAAAACCUCAACUUCAAUUUCACCGACCCGGAUCUCUGGACUCCAGAGGAGGUUGUUCCUGAAUUGCUAAGAGACACAUGGAGAGCAGAAAAGGAAGUGCUGAAUGAGAAAAUGAAGGGGGGGAGAGAAAGAGGUGGAGAUGGACGAUAGUGGAUUCUAUGCAGGGGGUCCCGUACCUCAGGUCGGUGUCACCAUCAGCAUGGACGACAAUUCUUUAAAUGGAACUAAUCGCGUCAUGCUGGACGGAGUGCUAGAUCAGAAGGAAUGCGAUACAGUACUGCGCCUAGCUACC